AGUCUCCGGAAAAUGGCCGCCGGGCGUGGUACCGGCUCGGCGCUCGCAGCUGCGCGCUCUCGGCGUCGUGUCCUCUGACAAGGUCUGAGGCGCGGCCAGCCGGUUCUGCCGAGCCCAGGGCGCCGUUCCGGGCCAGGCUGUGAUACGGUGAAAUAAAGUCGGCUGUAGAUUCCUGAGAAAAUGUCGGUUCUGAUAUCACAGAGUGUGAUAAAUUAUGUGGAAGAAGAAAACAUUCCUGCCCUGAAAGCUCUUCUGGAGAAGUGCAAAGACGUGGACGAGAGAAAUGAGUGCGGCCAGACUCCCCUGAUGAUAGCUGCUGAACAGGGCAAUGUGGAGAUAGUGAAAGAGCUGAUUAAGAAUGGAGCCAACUGCAACCUGGAAGAUCUGGACAACUGGACAGCACUUAUAUCCGCAUCUAAAGAGGGGCACAUCCACAUCGUGGAGGAACUGCUUAAGAGUGGGGCCAAUCUGGAGCACCGUGACAUGGGGGGAUGGACAGCUCUCAUGUGGGCGUGCUACAAAGGCAGGACUGAUGUUGUCCAGUUGCUUCUUUCUCACAAUGCCAACCCAAAUGUCACCGGUUUGCAGUACAGUGUCUACCCCAUCAUUUGGGCAGCAGGCAGAGGCCAUGCCGACAUAGUGCAUCUUCUGCUGCAGAAUGGUGCAAAAGUCAACUGCUCUGACAAGUAUGGAACAACCCCUUUGGUGUGGGCUGCCCGAAAAGGUCAUUUGGAAUGUGUGAAGCAUUUGUUGGCCAUGGGAGCCGAUGUUGAUCAAGAAGGAGCCAACUCGAUGACUGCACUUAUUGUGGCAGUGAAAGGUGGCUACACACAGUCAGUGAAAGAGAUUUUGAAGAGGAAUCCGAAUGUAAACCUGACUGACAAGGAUGGGAACACUGCUUUGAUGAUUGCGUCAAAGGAGGGACACACAGAGAUUGUACAGGACCUGCUGGAUGCUGGGACAUACGUGAACAUACCUGACAGGAGUGGGGAUACUGUAUUGAUUGGUGCUGUUAGAGGUGGUCAUGUUGAAAUUGUUCGAGCACUCCUCCAAAAAUAUGCUGAUAUAGACAUCAGAGGGCAGGACAAUAAGACUGCAUUGUAUUGGGCUGUUGAAAAGGGAAAUGCCACAAUGGUGAGAGAUAUUCUGCAGUGCAAUCCUGACACUGAAAUAUGCACGAAGGAUGGCGAGACACCACUGAUAAAGGCCACGAAGAUGAGAAAUAUCGAAGUGGUGGAGCUGCUGCUGGAUAAGGGGGCUAAGGUGUCUGCCGUGGACAAGAAAGGUGACACUCCCCUGCAUGUUGCCAUCCGAGGGAGGAGCCGGAGACUGGCGGAACUUCUUUUACGGAACCCCAAAGAUGGGCGGCUACUUUAUAGGCCCAACAAAGCAGGCGAGACUCCCUACAACAUUGACUGCAGUCACCAGAAAAGCAUUUUAACACAAAUAUUUGGAGCCAGACACUUGUCUCCUACGGAAACAGACGGCGACAUGCUUGGCUAUGAUUUGUAUAGCAGUGCCCUGGCAGACAUUCUCAGUGAACCUACCAUGCAGCCGCCCAUUUGUGUGGGGUUGUAUGCACAGUGGGGAAGUGGAAAGUCUUUCUUACUCAAGAAACUAGAAGAUGAGAUGAAGACUUUUGCAGGACAGCAGAUCGAGCCCCUUUUCCAGUUCUCAUGGCUCAUCGUGUUCCUCACCCUGCUUCUGUGUGGGGGGCUGGGUCUAGUGUUUGCUUUUACAGUUGAUACAAAUCUUGCCAUAGCGGUUUCAUUGAGUUUCCUGGCUCUCUUAUAUAUAUUCUUCAUUGUCAUUUACUUUGGUGGACGGCGGGAAGGAGAGAGUUGGAACUGGGCCUGGGCCCUCAGUACCAGACUGGCAAGACACAUUGGCUACCUGGAGCUCCUCUUCAGGCUGAUGUUUGUGAACCCACCUGAGCUUCCAGAGCAAACGACAAAGGCUUUGCCCGUGAGGUUUUUGUUUACAGAUUACAACAGACUGUCGAGUGUGGGUGGAGAGACUUCCUUGGCUGAAAUGAUUGCCACUCUCUCAGAUGCCUGUGAGAGAGAGUUUGGCUUUCUGGCUACCAGGCUUUUUCGAGUAUUCAAGACUGAAGAUACUCAGGGUAAAAAGAAAUGGAAAAAAACUUGCUGUCUCCCAUCUUUUAUCAUCUUUCUUUUCGUCGUGGGCUGCAUUAUUGCUGGAAUUACUCUUUUGGCUAUAUUCAGAGUUGACCCCAAACAUCUGACAGUCAAUGCUGUCCUCAUAUCAAUUGCAUCUGUCGUGGGGUUGGCCUUUGUGCUGAACUGCCGAACAUGGUGGCAAGUGCUGGACUCUCUCCUAAAUUCUCAGCGAAAACGCCUCCACAGUGCUGCCUCCAAACUGCACAAACUGAAAAGUGAGGGAUUCAUGAAAGUCCUGAAGUGCGAGGUGGAGUUGAUGGCCAAGAUGGCUAAAACCAUCGACAGCUUCACUCAGAACCAGACAAGGCUGGUGGUCAUCAUCGAUGGCCUGGAUGCCUGUGAGCAGGACAAGGUCCUGCAGAUGCUGGACACCGUCCGAGUUCUGUUCUCAAAAGGCCCCUUUAUUGCCAUUUUUGCAAGCGAUCCUCACAUUAUUAUAAAGGCCAUCAACCAGAACCUGAACAGUGUGCUUCGUGAUUCAAAUAUAAAUGGACACGACUAUAUGCGCAAUAUAGUUCACUUACCAGUUUUCCUUAAUAGUCGUGGCCUUAGCAGUGCAAAGAAGUAUCUUGUAACUUCAGCAACAAAUGGGGACAUUUCAUGCCCAGAUACCACAGGGGUGCAGGAGGACGCCGACAGAAGAGUUUCACAGAACAGUCUUGGGGAGAUGACAAAGCUUGGGAGCAAAACAGCUCUCAACAGAAGGGAUACUUACCGCAGAAGACAAAUGCAGAGGACCAUCACCCGGCAGAUGUCCUUUGAUCUCACGAAGUUGCUGGUCACCGAGGAUUGGUUCAGUGACAUCAGUCCUCAGACCAUGAGACGAUUACUCAAUAUUGUUUCUGUGACAGGGCGGUUACUAAGAGCCAAUCAGAUUACUUUCAACUGGGACAGGCUGGCCAGCUGGAUCAACCUUACAGAGCAGUGGCCGUACCGAACUUCAUGGCUCAUACUGUAUCUGGAAGAGACUGAAGGUGUCCCCGAUCAGAUGACACUAAAGACCAUCUAUGAGAGAAUAUCAAAGAACAUUCCAACAACUAAAGAUGUUGAGCCACUGCUUGAAAUUGAUGGAGACAUAAGAAAUUUUGAAGUGUUUCUGUCUUCAAGGACCCCGGUUCUUGUGGCUCGAGAUGUAAAGACCUUUUUGCCGUGCACAGUAAACCUGGACCCCAAACUGCGGGAGAUCAUUGCAGACGUUCGAGCUGCAAGAGAGCAGAUCAACAUAGGAGGCCUUGCAUACCCUCCACUACCUCUGCAUGAAGCCCCUCCUCGGCCACCUUCUGGGUACAGCCAGCCUGCAUCUGUCUGCUCUUCCUCAGCAUCUUUCAACGGGCCAUUCCCAAGCGGGGUUGUGUCCCCUCAACCUCACAGCAGCUACUACAGCGGCAUGUCGGGCCCCCAGCACCCCUUCUACAACAGGCCAUUCUUUGCCCCAUACCUUUACACGCCAAGGUAUUACCCUGGCGGUUCCCAACAUCUCAUCUCACGUUCAUCAGUAAAAACGAAUUUGCCCAGAGAUCAGAACAAUGGCCUAGAAGUUAUCAAGGAGGAUGCUGCUGAGGGGCUUCCUUCACCCACAGACUCCUCGAGGCCGUGUGACUCUGGGUUUAACAAGCAGAGACAGGGUUCGGCCACUGUAGGCACAACACUGUUACUGAGUUCAAUGACCGUGGAUGUCGUUUCUGAGAAACUAAGGCAAAUAGAAGGGCUGGACCAGACUAUGCUGCCUCAGUAUUGCACAACAAUCAAAAAGGCAAACAUAAAUGGCCGGGUAUUGGCUCAGUGCAAUGUUGACGAGCUGAAGAAAGAGAUGAAUAUGAACUUUGGAGACUGGCAUCUUUUUAGAAGCAUGGUCUUAGAAAUGAGAAGUGUGGAAAACCAGGUGGUCCCUGAAGACCCUCGUUUUCUCAAUGAAAACUCCAGCGCCCCAGUUCCUCAUGGGGAAGCUGCUCGCCGCACUUCUCACAGUGAACUGCCUCACACAGAGCUUUCCAGCCAGACCCCCUACACCCUGAACUUCAGCUUUGAAGAACUGAACACACUUGGCCUGGACGAGGGAGCCCCGCGGCACAGUAAUCUGAGUUGGCAGUCACAAACUCGCAGAACCCCAAGUCUCUCGAGUCUCAAUUCGCAGGACUCCAGUAUUGAAAUCUCAAAGCUUACUGAUAAGGUGCAGGCCGAAUAUAGAGAUGCCUAUAGAGAAUACAUCGCUCAGAUGUCCCAGUUAGAAGGGGGGACAGGGUCAGCAACCAUAAGUGGCAGGUCUUCUCCACACAGCACAUACUAUAUAGGUCAGAGCUCCUCAGGGGGCUCCAUCCAUUCUAACCUAGAACAAGAGCGGGGGAAGGAGAGUGAGCUAAAGCAGGAGGACGGGCGCAAGCCCUUCUUAAUGAAGAGGGGGGAUGUCAUAGACUACUCCUCAUCAGGGGUGUCCACUAAUGACGCCUCACCCCUGGACCCCAUUACUGAGGAAGAUGAAAAAUCCGACCAGUCAGCUAGUAAGUUGCUCCCAGGCAAGAAAUCCUCAGAACGGCCCAGUCUCUUCCAGACAGACCUGAAGCUUAAGGGAGGUGGUCUGCGCUACCAGAAGCUGCCCAGUGAUGAAGAUGAAUCCGGUACGGAAGAGUCAGAUAAUACCCCGCUGCUCAAAGAUGAUAGGGAUAAAAAAGCCGAAGGCAAAGCAGAGCGAGCGUCUAAAUCCCCAGAGCACAGCGCCGAGCCAAUCCGAACAUUCAUUAAAGCAAAAGAAUAUUUGUCAGAUGCCCUCCUUGACAAAAAAGAUUCCUCAGAUUCAGGAGUGAGAUCCAAUGAGAGUUCUCCCAACCACUCUCUUCACAAUGAGGCGGCAGAUGACUCCCAACUGGAAAAGGCAAAUCUCAUAGAGCUUGAGGACGACGGCCACACUGGGAAGCGUGGGAUGCCGCACAGUCUGAGUGGCCUGCAAGAUCCGAUUAUAGCUCGGAUGUCCAUUUGCUCGGAAGACAAGAAAAGCCCUUCCGAGUGUAGCCUGAUUGCUAGCAGCCCUGAAGAAAGCUGGCCUGCGUGCCAGAAGGCGUACAAUCUGAACCGAACACCCAGUACCGUGACUCUCAACAACAACACCGCGCCAGCUAACAGAGCCAACCAAAACUUUGAUGAGAUGGAGGGAAUCAGGGAAACCUCUCAGGUCAUUUUGAGGCCUGGGCCCAGUCCCAACCCUACGGCUAUUCAGAAUGAAAACCUGAAGGGUGUGGCGCACAAGCGAAGCCAGCGGUCCAGUUACACAAGGCUCUCAAAAGAUGCAUCCGAGCUGCACGCAGCCUCCGCAGACAGCACAGGCUUUGGAGAAGAGAGAGAGAGCAUUCUCUGAGGGAAAGAGAUGUGAAGUAGCAUCGUCCUGCCCUAGGGACGAGAUUGUCUCUAAAGCAGAGACAUGAAGUAGCCUUGUCCUGCCAAGAGAUGAGACUGUCUGUAAGGGAAAGAAACAUGAAGUAGCCUUGUCCUACCUAGGGAUGAGACUGUUCCUAAGGGAAAGAGAUGUGCAGUAGCAUUGUCCUGCCUUAGGGAUGGGACUGCAUGAACUCUGGAUUGAUCCAUCACCAUUAUUCAUCAUGUUUAUGCAUCACAGAUAACUGAUAGGUGGUCAGGCAUGUGAUGAAGAGUAGAGGGAAGUCAUCUCCAUUGUCUCCUGCAUCAUGGACUUUACAGUCUCAUCACCAUCAUUAUGCCCUUCCCUGGCACACUGCUGCACUGACUGAUGAGAGACAGGCUGGAUAUAAAAUAGGUCAGAAGUGUAUCUAAAGCCAAAAGGAAGCAAACCUAGAGAUCUCCUUUAUACAAUAUUCAUGAAACAUGUGAGGGAAGAUGUAGUGUUAGAUGAAGCGGAAACCAAUUUUGCUGUUAAGAGUUUAGUCUUGGUACAGAUUUAUAGGUUUAGAGUAGAGACCAGAGACUAAAAGUGAAUGCCUAGCAAAUGGAUAGCCAGUGUUCUGCACAAGACCUAUUGUUUUUUAAAGAGGUCUUAGAAUUUCAGGAGAAAAUACAUACUGAAGAGGGUGAUAAAAUCAAUAAGAGAGUGAGUCAUGGUGAGUCGUUAGCAGAGGAGAUGGGUAGAGCAGUAUGUUCCUGGGAUGCUCUCUCCAGACCCAGCCCAGGCUUCCCACACCUGUGCCCUCAAAACCAUCUUGGGCUGUUCUGCAACUCCUUCAUUAUGCAUCUAAUCUAGCUUAGCUCGUGGUGAUUAAACCCAGGACCUCACAAAUGCUAGGUAAACAUUCACUGAGCUACAUCCCCAGCCCUAAACACAAGUCCUUUCUCUGGAGAUUCAGGAAGACAUGGGUGUAAGAGGCACCAGUAAAUUCUUUCUGAAUGAAUGUAUCAGGAAAUUGUUACAUUUAAAGAGCUAAUGACAAUGACACUAGACAAGUGACAAGCAAAUAAUUUGGUAAAAUUGAGUCACCGCCUUCUGAACUGCAACAUGUUUUUCACGUGUGUUCCUAAAUCCGCAUUUUAAUUCCAGGAGAAAUUAUAAGAACCACCGUUGGCUUUUAAAAAGAGCUUAGAAGCAUGCAACAAAGCAAGAAGAAAAAGAUAGAGCCAGUGUGACCAUGAUGCCACACUUCCCAUUAUUCUUAGCAAAGCUAGAGUGAGCACAAACAUUUAAGUAUCAUGUAGGCUAGAAGUGCCUGUCAUCAUCACGCAUCAAAACUGUGUGUCACUGAUCAGAGCUUGUUCAUGUAGUCAGUGCUAGCAGUAUGUCCUGAGCCACGGUAGGCUUGUAGACGGUGAGGUGGCAGGCUUUGUGUUUGUGGAGGUGUCCCAUCACUGACUGCACCUGUGUUGUUUACUUGACACUGUGCUGGAAACUGCCCCAUGUUUCAGUGCCCGGCUGUUUGAGUGUAAUUGAGCAUUUUCAUGAAGUGCAUAUGUUGCAUGAUCUUUAACAGGUAUUUUAAACUUUAAAAACAGCACGAUGUUACUGACAUGAUGCAUUUUACUACUUGUAGUGUUUAUUAGUUUGCAAUAUCAUGUAAUUGAUACUUCAGAAGCCGCUUGGCUUCUUUCCAGGUGAGUGGCUAUGGCUCCCAGUCCCGGGAUCCCUUUAUCCACACUGUCUGUGAAGUCAUUACUGGAGUGCCAUGCGCACACGUAGACGAGGAACAAUAAAGACUUGCAUGCCA